AUGGUCAAUGUCGGUUUAGUUGAAAUUAUUCUUCGUGAACAAGAUAAUCCUGGUUGUUCAACUACACGACAAAUUCGAGAUAUAUAUAAUAAUCGUUCAGGUGAAGAUCCAAUUAUUCAAAAUUCUGAUCAAGAUAAAGAAUUUCAAUCGAUUCUUUUAAAAGCUAUUCAAACAUUACCUAUGGCUGAUGAUGACAAUGAUGAUGAUGAUGAUGAUGACGAAGAUAAACCAAUAUCUUAUACAGUAAAACUAAAAGAUAGUGAUGAAAGUAGUACACCAACAAUAAAACGUCGUUCAAUAAUCAAAUUACCAAAAGAAAUAAAAGAACAAAGUGAAAGUGAUGAAACAUCAAGUGAUUCAGAAAAACCAUCAACAACAUCAUCAAUAACAAUAACAAAACCAUUUUCACCAUUAUUUUUAAAUAAUAUGAAAAAAUUUGGUGUUACAACUGAUUGGCUUGCUAAACGAUCAAAUCUAUUACGUCAAUCAACAUAUUCACGUUCAUCAGUUGAAUCAAAUACAAGUCAACUUGAUGCUAUGAUUAAACGUGCUUCAGCUAAACCAAUAAAAUCAAAUCGAAAAUUAUCAUUUGUUGAAACUACAACACCAACAAAAACAGAAAUCGAUAAAGAAAAUACAGAUCCAUUGACAGAAAUCAAUGAUACAAAAGAAGAAUCAAACGAAAUAACAAAAACAUCACAAGAACCAACACCUUAUGAUUUAAAUAGUGAUAUUGAUGAAAAUAAAGAAAAUGAAAAUGAAAAUGAAAAAGAUGAUGAUUCUUCACCAACAUCAAAAGUAUUUUCACUUCGUAUUCCACGUGUUAAUCUUUCUGAUGAAAAAAAUAAACGAUCAAGUUCAGUAUCAUCAGAUGAUGAAACUAAACAAGAAAAAAUUAAACCAAAAAAAAAGAGAAAAAGUAAAAAAGAAACAACAACAACAACAACGAAUACUAAGAAAAACUCAUCACCAAAGCAAGAUAAAGAUGAACAAACAACAAUAAAUGAUGAUACAAAAAAUUUAUCACAAAAAACAAGUAAAAAUGAAAAAGGACAAUCACGUAUUGAACAUUUGAAAAAAUUACUUCGAAUAUCUGGUAUUCGAUUUAUUAUUAAAAAUACUGAAUUAGAUGAAUUACGAUCCAAUAAAGCUAGAAUUAAUUAUCUUAAAUCACUUUUUGAUAAAGCUGGUUUUACUGGUAGUUUAGCAAUUAAAGAAUGUGAAAAAUUUCGUAAGAAACGUGAUGCUGAAAAAGAAUUACUUGAAAUUCAAGCGAAUUCUGUGAAUGUUAAAGGACAUAUAAAAGGUGGUCGAACAUUACGAGGAGAAGGUCGAAAUACUAAUGAAUUCGAUAUGAGCAAUAAACGAAAACGAACAGCAAGUAGUGAAAUUGAAGAUAAUGAACAAAAAUCUAAUAAUAAUUCUUCUGAUAAUGAAAGAAUAAUUAUUAAAAAACGACGAAUUAUGAAAAUGGAAGCAUCACCUGAAGUUAGUGAAAAUGAAUAA